AUGUCGCUCACCUACUGUCAGGUCAUCGUGCUGGCAUUCCUUAUGACGAUUAAUGGUCCAGGGGGUGCACCAGAGAUAGACUUUUCCAAUGCAAAUGAUAAUUGCACCACCUUUGAUGGCACAAACCUCCUGAAAUGCCCCCAGAUAGGUGCGGAUAUCAACACCUGCCAAAAGAAAGGAAAGACCAUCCUUCUGUCUAUCGGCGGCGCGACUUAUAGCGAGGGAGGUUUUCAAUCCGAAUCCGCGGCUAAGGCUGGCGCAGACCUCCUCUGGAAGACGUUUGGUCCUCCCACAACCCAGGGCCCUUUUUUGAAUGCCACUUCUCAUAAUGGAACAUCUCGCUAUCAUAACAGUCGUUUCAACCGUCUGAACCGUGUCAACAGCACUAAUAUUCACGCAGUCCGAGCUAACUCCACAACGGUCCGUCGACCAUUCGGUGACGCGAUCAUUGAUGGAUUCGACUUCGAUUUCGAGGCACCUGUGAAGAAUAUGGCACAAUUCGCCAACCGGCUUCGCGAAUUGUCGGACGCGGACAAAUCGAAGCAAUACUUUCUAACUGCUGCACCACAAUGUCCGUAUCCAGAUGCAGCGGAUAAGGAUAUACUCAACGGGCCUGUAUCCAUUGACGCAGUAUUCGUUCAAUUCUACAACAACUGGUGCGGAGUAAACUCUUUCUCAGCGGGCCAACAAAAGCAGAGCAGCUUCAACUUCGAGCAAUGGGACAACUGGGCGAAAACCGUUUCCCAGAAUAAGAAAGCUAAGGUCUUGCUUGGUGUCCCAGCAAACACGAGCGCCGCGAGUACGGGCUAUAUCCCAGCGUCGGAGCUGGAACCGGUGAUCGCAUAUAGCAAGUCGUUUGAGAGUUUUGGAGGUGUUAUGAUGUGGGAUGUUAGCCAGGCCUAUGGUAAUAAGGGUUUCUUGGAUAGCGUGAAAGGCGCUCUCAGAAACUCCACAGCACACCUUUUACGCCAUGGAUUUCGUCUUCCGUCAAUUUAUCCUGUGAUAGGACGGUAG